ACCAGCCGUGACCUGACCAUGGCGGUGCUUCCAGACCGGCCGCAAGGGGGCAGCAGCCUGAAGAAAGGGCACGUAGAGCUUAUGGUGCAUCGGUGGCACGCGACAAACGACGACCUCGGGAACCCAGAGAGCCCGUGGGAGGAGACGAUGACGCAGCGGAACUUUGUGGCGAGUGGAACUCACCGCGUGUUCCUGGGAACGGCUGCCGAGACACAGCGGUUGCUUCGGCCGCAGGCGCUGCAGCUAGUCUACCGACCGCUGCUCGCGUUUGCGCCUGCGCAAUGGAAGCCUCACAAUGAGGAGUUCUCUGGGCUGCGGUCACCACUGCCCAGUACGGUGCACCUGCUGACGCUGGAAGCGCUAUCACGGACCAAAGUCCUUCUGCGGUUAGAGCAUCUGGCCAUCGACCAGCACGCAGUGCAGGUCAACAUCACGAGACUGCUGAAGGGCUUCCGACUGAACAAUGCGAGACCGGUGACCCUGGCCGCCAACCAGUUCCUUCCUGGACCCACCCGACUGAAGUGGCCAGUCCGGGGGCAACCAGGGCCCAAGGCAAAGCGCGAGCGCCUGGCACUGCCGGCCAUCACGGAGCAGGCGGCCACCGGCGACACGCUCGUUACACUGUCACCGGGCCAGAUCGUCAGCCUCAUUGCAAGGAUAGGAAAGCUGGAACCCUCACGUUAACUGGACGCCAGUAUACCGCCUUGAGAAUGCAGCUUUCACAGCAACGGCCAUUAUGAUGCACUUGG